UGCAUUUUCUCCGUUCUUACUUGCUCUUGUGUUUCUUUUGCACUAUAACUUACGAAUGGCCGUGAUUUUCCGCGGUCCGGGAUCUAUUUCUGUGCGGUAGCACACGAGGUAGACGUGGAUCUCCCGGCACACGACGAUCAGUUAGAUUAUCUCGUGAUUUGAGUGGAGAUUGACGAAAGAUUGAAUGAUAUUCGGGAGAUUGAGAUUUCGGUGUUUUGAUUACGCUGUUUUUUUAUACUGUCGGGGUGAAAAACUGAGGGAUUUUCCGUUCCGAGUUGGGCUAACCUAAAAGUUGCGGGCAAUUACGUAUAUAUGUUUGAAAUUUAAAUGUCUUGCAAGAAAAUAUACUCUCUCUUGAGUGUCUCCGACAAAACAAAUCUCCUUCCUUUUGCCAAAAAACUCCAUGAGUUUGGUCUGACUCUGGUGGCAUCUGGAGGUACAGCUAAAUCUUUGAGAGAUGCUGGACUUCCAGUCAAAGAUGUCUCAGACAUUACUGGUGCACCUGAAAUGCUUGGUGGACGUGUCAAGACAUUGCACCCAGCAGUUCAUGGUGGUAUCCUGGCCAGAUUAACUGAAUCAGACAAGGCUGAUCUUGCCAAGCAAAACUUUGAAUACAUUCGCAUUGUGGUUUGCAAUCUCUAUCCUUUUGUCAACACCAUUUCCAAGCCUGAUGUGACUAUCGAAGAUGCCGUAGAAAACGUUGAUAUUGGUGGAGUGACGUUGUUGAGGGCAGCAGCCAAGAAUCAUUCCAGAGUAACAGUUAUCUGUGACCCCAAUGAUUACGAAAAGGUUAUCUCAGAAUUACAAAAUUCUGCAGACAAGGAUACUUCUUUGCAAACAAGACAGACUCUGGCUGUCAAGGCCUUCACCCACACUGCCCAGUACGACGACGCGAUCUCGGACUACUUCCGUCGUCAGUACAGCGCCAACGUAUCCCAGCUGUCCCUUCGUUAUGGUAUGAACCCACACCAGAAGCCUGCCCAGAUCUUUACGACUCUGGACAAGCUGCCCCUGACUGUUGUCAAUGGCUCACCCGGCUUCAUCAACCUUUGCGAUGCCCUUAACGGUUACCAGCUCGUUAAGGAGCUGAAGGCGGCUCUCGGCUUGCCCGCAGCUACCUCUUUCAAGCACGUCAGUCCCGCUGGUGCCGCUGUUGGUAUUCCCCUCAAUAAGGUUCACGCUAAGCUUUGUCAGGUCGAUGACAUUGCGGAUCAAUUGACACCUCUGGCUACUGCAUACGCCAGAGCCCGUGGAGCCGACAGAAUGUCCAGUUUCGGAGACUUCGUCGCUCUGUCUGACCCCUGCGACUUGCCUACUGCCAAAAUCAUCUCUAGAGAGGUAUCUGACGGUAUCAUCGCGCCAGGCUACACCGAGGAAGCUCUGGCUGUCCUCCGCAAGAAGAAGAACGGCGGAUACUGCGUACUGCAGAUCGACCCCUCGUACGAGCCUUCGCCAAUUGAACGCAAGGUUCUGUUCGGUCUGACGAUGGAGCAGCGUCGCAACGAUGCCAAGAUCAACAGUUCGACCUUCUCCAACAUCGUCACCAAGCACAAGAAUCUUUCUGAGGCUGGUCUCCGUGAUCUGAUCGUCGCCACGAUCGCCGUCAAGUACACCCAGAGUAACUCGGUCUGUUACGCCAGAGACGGACAGGUCAUCGGUAUCGGUGCCGGUCAGCAGUCCAGGAUACACUGCACCAGGCUUGCCGGUGACAAGGCCGACAACUGGUGGCUGCGUCAACACCCCAAGGUUACCGGAAUGAAAUUCAAGAAGGGCGUCAAGCGCGCUGAGAUCUCAAACGCCAUCGACAACUACGUUAAUGGUACGAUCGGUCGCGAUAUGGAAGAGAGCGCAUGGGCGGCUAUGUACGAGGUCGUACCAGAGAAGCUCACCCAAGCUGACAAGGACGAUUGGGCGAAGCAGCUCGACAACGUGGCCAUCAGCAGUGAUGCCUUCUUCCCAUUCCGUGACAACGUCGACAGGGCUAGACUGAGUGGCGUACGUUACAUCGGCGCACCUGCCGGCUCGACAAACGACGAGGCUGUGAUUGAAGCUUGCAACGAGCACGGCAUUGUCUUGGCUCACACUGGCAUCCGACUUUUCCACCAUUAAGCAAAGCAUAAGUCAUUUUUUAUACACAAAAUCGUUAUGUGUAAAACACUCUGAUAAUCUCUGUAGCUUUAUGCAAUUUUGUUAUAUAUACUAUUUUUGUACACUCAUUUUUAAAAUGAAUCACCUAUAUACGCUAUAUACGAAAUGUUGCUGUUUCACACAUGCUGAAAGCGUGUGACACAAGAUUUAUACAUUUUUACAUUCACCAAUAAACCUGCUUACCAGCCUGAAACUGGUGAAAUUUUUCAUAAUA